GAACGAGAAUCAGCCGCGGCUGGAAAGAUACAGAUUUGUCAAGCUAGCAAGCGUGAGCCACACAGGAAGUGACGCGAGUUGCACUACAAAUUACAAGUUUUUAUGAAGCCCCGAUGCAAUAGAGGACUUCUUGGUUGAAUUCAUAAAUACAGCCUUAUUUAAAUUUCUCCAUCGAUGGCGUCCACUUUAGUUUGCAGCACAAUCGUGCUUCUCCUCCACCCUCCAAAGAAACAAGGGGCCGCCGAUUAUUUUACUAUGACAGCGCAAUCGGGAAGUCCUUAAUCUCUCCGUUCUUGCUAACUUGGCAGCACACUGGAAAGCGACCAGAUGGAAUUCAGCACUGCCUUCUUAACAGAUUCCACACAUUUUAAAUUGUUUCGCACACAUUUUUAGCCGACUUUUGUGUCGACAAACAACCCUGGCGUGAGCAUAGGCGUCUAUCUGGGAGCUUCGGCUGCGCUGUGAACCGGGACAGAAGCGGUCAGGACAUUUACAGAUCCCCCCCACCAAACAUCUUCCCACUGUCCCAAAGGCGUGUGCACACGUGUCCAUCAUGCCGCUGUUUGGUAAAUCACACAAGAGUCCCGCCGACAUUGUCAAGACGUUGAAGGAAAACCUGGCCAUCCUCGUCAAACAGGACAAGAAGACAGACAAGGCCUCUGAGGAGGUGUCUAAGUGUUUGGUGUCCAUGAAAGAGAUCCUGUAUGGAAGCAAUGACAAGGAGCCCCACACCGAGACUGUGGCCCAGUUGGCCCAGGAGCUGUACAACAGCGGCCUGCUGAUCGCGCUGGUAGAAAACCUGCAGGUCAUAGACUUUGAGGGGAAGAAGGACGUGUGUCAGAUCUUCAACAACAUCCUCAGGAGGCAGAUUGGGACGAGGAGCCCCACUGUUGAAUAUUUCUGCUCCCACCAGGAGGUCCUCUUCAUACUGCUGAAAGGAUAUGAGAUGCCCCAGGUGGCGCUAAAUUGUGGGAUCAUGCUGAGGGAGUGCAUCCGCCACGAGCCGCUCGCCAAGAUAGUUCUCCAUUCGGAGCAUUUCCACAAUUUUUUCAACUACGUGGAGAUGUCCACCUUCGACAUUGCUUCUGACGCAUUCGCGACCUUUAAGGACCUCUUGACGAGACACAAAGUGUUUGUAGCAAACCCCAACAAGACUCAGCCCAUCAUCGACAUCCUGCUCAAGAACCAGACCAAACUCAUCGACUUCUUGAGCAACUUCCAGAAGGACCGCACGGACGACGAGCAGUUCAACGACGAGAAGACCUACCUAAUCAAACAGAUCAGGGAUCUGAAGAAACCGGCUUCCUAGAGAAGCAUUCCUGCCUGCCCUCUACUUCAACUUUUUAUUAAUAGGAAGACAUAGAAAAAAAACACAUUAACAAUAAUGGUUACUCUAUUUGGGAAAAAAAAAAAAUCUUUGAGACCUCAUUUGUCUUUUUUUUCCCCUCUUUGUCAGUUCAUUAAAAACUUGUGCAAGAGUAGUUCUUAAUCACUGAUCUUUUUUUGUAAUUUUUUUUUCCUCAUCUGUAGCAUGUAGUGCCACAACUCAUGGUGUUGGAGGCAGCUGAUUUGCCUUGUUGGGGGAGAACCAGGGGUUUAAAAAAAAGCUUCAGCCAAAAUCCUCCGGGUGGAUGAGCAUUUUCUUUAAUCUUAUUAGUCUCUGCUUGCAAAUGAAUUUUGUAAAUUUUUAAAAGUAGUGGCUGCAAACCAGAAAAAUGAACAACUUUUUGUUUUCUUGGGAGAUGUGUGGUGAGGAUGUUGGUGUGUCUGGUUAGGACCAGGUGAAGCGUAUUUACAGCGUGAAUAUCUUAAUCAAUGCAUUCUUGGUCAUCGGUAAAAGCCAAAUGACAAUGGUAAAGCUCAGUAGCCCACAACAGUGUAUUGGGGUAUUCUAGCUUAAAAAAUUAAAGAUAAUAGUUAAGGGAGGAGGCGGUAAGAGCGAAAAAAACAACAACAACUUUGUAUUUCAAAAAUUAUAGUAGCAGACUGGGUGGGAAAAACUCAUGAAGUUACUAAUUUACAAGUAAUUCUGAAAUUUAAGGGGAAAAACUAAAGUAAUCUGAUAUAAUUAAGAACAUUAAACAUGUGAUUUUAUUGAGACGUGAAUUUACGAGGAAAAAUAUUAGGUCACAUUUGAGAUUAGUGAAUUCUAAAUUUCUAUGAUCUUUAUUUUUCUCCCCUGUGUUUACAUCUAUUAUGGCCCCGAUCAGAUUUUCCAUCAUAUUUUCAUUUGUGCGAGCUAAAAGUCAGUGAUUGUUUCUUCACUUUAAAGCUGAGGGGAUUGGAUUGCGUACAGUCCAAAAGGCCAACGUUGCUUCAGUGUGUCACACCAACAUGGAACAAGUCUCGUUGCCGGUCUAAAGGCCGAGCCCACCCGUGCUGUUCUAAAUUACUCACAGGUCUUGAAAACAAACUGAUUUCAGUCACUGUUGACUAAAAACAAAAAUCUUAAAAACAAGAAAAAAGAAAAUGACGAUUUUGAUCACUGGUUCUCUUUGCUGGUGGCUAAUAGCACUUUGUAUGAUUUUAAAUAAUAAUAAUAAUAAUGGUGAUUCAAUUUGUUUGAAGCUGAUCGCUGUUUUCACACUGCUUGAUGGUUUUUUUUUUUAAUAUAUAGUGUCAUUUCUCAUGUACAGUUUCUGGUUUGAGUGCCAUUGUGAGGGAGAACAUGAGGAGGAGGCACUUUGCUGUGUGGAUGCUGUAGAGCUGUAAAGAUAGCUGUUUUUUUUUUGUUUCACUCCCUUUUCUGUCUGUACUGUAACGGAUGUUUGACUCUGGUUUGGAUCUGACGUUGUUAUCAGAGGACGAGAAGAUUCAGAGGUGCCUUUUUUUUGUUUGUUUUGGUGUGUUUUCCUUUCUCUGUACUCGUUUUCUUUCCUGUAUUUGCAGUAUCUUUUUAGGGGGAGCUUAAUUAUUAUGUUGAUGAAAAUAUGCUCUGAUAGAACAUAUUUGUUGUGAUUAAGCAGUGAACCUCUUAACUCACUAUAUCAGAGUUCCUUUUGCCGUUUGACACCUUUUAAACUAUUUUUUUUUUUUUUUUGCUCAUCACUUGCCAUUGCCAUAGUAAAGUCGCCGGCAAACAGAACGAGGCCAAAGCCGACCAACGGCAGGAUUCACCGGUGAAACAUAACUGUGAAAUCAAAUAAAUGAAUAAAAAUCCACUUUUAGUUUAAA